AUGCGCUGGUCAGUUUGGUCAGUAUGCGCGUCAGUAGUGCAGGUACCAUGUACGUCCACCCCACCCCAUUCUCCCGCUUUCCAUCACCCCGCCCCAUUCUCCCGCUUUCCAUCACCCCGCCCCAUUCUCCCGCUUUCCAUCACCCCGCCCCAUUCUCCCUCCUUCCAUCACCCCACCCCAUUCUCCCGCUUUCCAUCACCCCGCCCCAUUCUCCAGCUUUCCAUCACCCCGCCCCAUUCUCCUGCUUUCCAUCACCUCGCCCCAUUCUCCCGCUUUCCAUCACCCCGCCCCAUUCUCCCGCUUUCCAUCACCCCGCCCCAUUCUCCUGCUUUCCAUCACACCGCCCCAUUCUCCCGCUUUCCAUCACCCCGCCCCAUUCUCCCGCUUUCCAUCACCCCGCCCUAUUCUCCCUCCUUCCCCCGCCCCAUUCUCCCGCUUUCCAUCAGCGCGCCCCAUUCUCCCGCUUUCCAUCACCCCGCCCCAUUCUCCCGCUUUCCAUCACCCCGCCCCAUUCUCCCGCUUUCCAUCAACCCGCCCCAUUCUCCCUCUUUCCAUCACCCCUCCCCAUUCUCCCGCUUUCAAUCACCCCUCCCCAUUCUCCCGCUUUCCAUCACCCCGCCCCAUUCUCCCGCUUUCCAUCAACCCGCCCCAUUCUCCCUCCUUCCAUCACCCCGCCCCAUUCUCCCUCCUUCCAUCACCCCGCCCCAUUCUCCCGCUUUCCAUCACCCCUCCCCAUUCUCCCGCUUUCCAUCACCCUGCCCCAUUCUCCCUCCUUCCAUCAACCCGCCCCAUUCUCCCUCCUUCCAUCACCCCGCCCCAUUCUCCCGCUUUCCAUCACCCCGCCCCAUUCUCCCUCCUUCCAUCACCCCGCCCCAUUCUCCCUCCUUCCAUCACCCCGCCCCAUUCUCCCACUUUCCAUCACCCCGUCACAUUCUCCAGCUUUCCAUCACCCCGCCCCAUUCUCCCGCUUUCCAUCACCUCGCCCCAUUCUCCCGCUUUCCAUCACCCCGCCCCAUUCUCCCGCUUUUCAUCACCCCGCCCCAUUUUCCCUCUUUCCAUCACCCCGCCCCAUUCUACCGCUUUCCAUCACCCCGCCCCAUUCUCCCGCUUUCCAUCAACCCGCCCCAUUCUCCCUCUUUCCAUCACCCCUCCCCAUUCUCCCGCUUUCAAUCACCCCUCCCCAUUCUCCCGCUUUCCAUCACCCCGCCCCAUUCUCCCGCUUUCCAUCAACCCGCCCCAUUCUCCCUCCUUCCAUCACCCCGCCCCAUUCUCCCUCCUUCCAUCACCCCGCCCCAUUCUCCCGCUUUCCAUCACCCCUCCCCAUUCUCCCGCUUUCCAUCACCCUGCCCCAUUCUCCCUCCUUCCAUCAACCCGCCCCAUUCUCCCUCCUUCCAUCACCCCGCCCCAUUCUCCCGCUUUCCAUCACCCCGCCCCAUUCUCCCUCCUUCCAUCACCCCGCCCCAUUCUCCCUCCUUCCAUCACCCCGCCCCAUUCUCCCGCUUUCCAUCACCCCGUCACAUUCUCCAGCUUUCCAUCACCCCGCCCCAUUCUCCCGCUUUCCAUCACCUCGCCCCAUUCUCCCGCUUUCCAUCACCCCGCCCCAUUCUCCCGCUUUUCAUCACCCCGCCCCAUUUUCCCUCUUUCCAUCACCCCGCCCCAUUCUACCGCUUUCCAUCACCCCGCCCCAUUCUCCCGCUUUCCAUCACCCCACCCCAAUGUCCCGCUUUCCAUCACCCCGCCCCAUUCUCCCGCUUUCCAUCACCCCGCCCCAUUCUCCCGCUUUCCAUCACCCCGCCCCAUUCUCCCGCUUCCCAUCACCCCGCCCUAUUCUCCCGCUUUCCAUCACCCCGCCCCAUUCUCCCUUCUUCCAUCACCCCGCCCCAUUCUCCCUCCUUCCAUCACCCCGCCCCAGUCUCCCGCUUUCCAUCACCCCGCCCCAUUCUCCCGCUUUCCAUCACCCCGCCCCAUUCUCCCGCUUUCCAUCACCCCGCCCCAUUCUCCCACUUUCCAUCACCUCGCCCCAUUCUCCCGCUUUCCAUCACCCCGCCCCAUUCUCCCGCUUUUCAUCACCCCGCCCCAUUUUCCCUCUUUCCAUCACCCCGCCCCAUUCUACCGCUUUCCAUCACCCCGCCCCAUUCUCCCGCUUUCCAUCACCCCGCCCCAAUGUCCCGCUUUCCAUCACCCCGCCCCAUUCUCCCGCUUUCCAUCACCCCGCCCCAUUCUCCCGCUUUCCAUCACCCCGCCCCAUUCUCCCGCUUCCCAUCACCCCGCCCCAUUCUCCCGCUUUCCAUCACCCCGCCCCAUUCUCCCUUCUUCCAUCACCCCGCCCCAUUCUCCCUCCUUCCAUCACCCCGCCCCAGUCUCCCGCUUUCCAUCACCCCGCCCCAUUCUCCCGCUUUCCAUCACCCCGCCCCAUUCUCCCGCUUUCCAUCACCCCGCCCCAUUCUCCCGCUUUCCAUCACCCCGCCCCAUUCUCCCGCUUUCCAUCACCCCGCCCCAUUCUCCCGCUUUCCAUCACCCCGCCCCAUUCUCCCGCUUUCCAUCACCCUGCCCCAUUCCCCUGCUUUCCAUCACCCUGCCCCAUUCCCUCGCUUUCCAUCACCCUGCCCCAUUCCCCCGCUUUCCAUCUGCCCCAUUCCCCCGCUUUCCAUCACCCCGCCCCAUUCCCCCGCUUUCCAUCACCCCGCCCCAUUCUCCCGCUUUCCAUCACCCCGCCCCAUUCUCCCGCUUUCCAUCACCCCGCCCCAUUCUCCCGCUUUCCAUCACCCCGCCCCAUUAUCCCGCUUUCCGUCACCCCGCCCCAUUCUCCCGCUUUCCGUCACCCCGCCCCAUUCUCCCGCUUUCCGUCACCCCGCCCCAUUCUCCCGCAUUCCGUCACCCCGCCCCAUUCUCCCGCUUUCCAUCACCCCGCCCCAUUCUCCCGCUUUCCAUCACCCCGUCCCAUUCUCCCGCUUUCCAUCACCCGGCCCCAUUCUCCCGCUUUCCAUCACCCCGCCCCAUUCUCCUGCUUUCCAUCACCCCGCCACAUUCUCCCGAUUUCCAUCACCCCGCCCCAAUCUCCCGCUUUCCAUCACCCCGCCCCAUUCUCCCUCCUUCCAUCACCCCGCCCCAUUCUCCUGCUUUCCAUCACCCCGCCCCAUUCUCCCGCUUUCCAUCACCCCGCCCCAUUCUCCCGCUUUCCAUCACCCCCCCCAUUCUCCCGCUUCCCAUCACCCCGCCCUAUUCUCCCGCUUUCCAUCACCCCGCCCCAUUCUCCCUUCUUCCAUCACCCCGCCCCAUUCUCCCUCCUUCCAUCACCCCGCCCCAUGCCUCAAUGUCAGCCGUGGCAAAGACGCCAUUCUCCCGCUUUCCAUCACCCCGCCCCAUUCUCCCGCCUUCCAUCACCCCGCCCCAUUCUCCCGCUUUCCGUCGCCCUGCCCCAUUCUCCCGCUUUCCGUCACCCCGCCCCAUUCUCCCGCUUUCCAUCACCUCGCCCCAUUCUCCCGCAUUCCAUCACCCCGCCCCAUUCUCCCUCCUUCCAUCACCCCGCCCCUUUCUCCCGCUUUCCAUCACCCCGCCCCAUUCUCCCACUUUCCAUCACCCCGCCCCAUUCUCCCUCCUUCCAUCACCCCGCCCCAUUCUCCCUCCUUCCAUCAACCCGCCCCAUUCUCCCUCCUUCCAUCACCCCGCCCCAUUCUCCCGCCUUCCAUCACCCCGCCCCAUUCUCCCGCUUUCCAUCACCCCGCCCCAUUCUCCCGCUUUCCAUCACCCCGCCCCAUUCUCCCGCAUUCCGUCACCCCGCCCCAUUCUCCCGCUUUUCGUCACCCGCCCCAUUCUCCCGCUUUCCGUCACCCCGCCCCAUUCUCCCUCUUUCCGUCACCCCGCCCCAUUCUCCCGCUUUCCAUCACCCCGCCCCAUUCUCCCUCCUUCCAUCACCCCGCCCCAUUCUCCCUCCUUCCAUCACCCCGCCCCAUUCUCCCGCUUUCCAUCACCCCUCCCCAUUCUCCCGCUUUCCAUCACCCCGCCCCAUUCUCCCGCUUUCCAUCACCCCGCCCCAUUCUCCCGCUUUCCAUCUCCCUGCCCCAUUCCCCUCCUUUCCAUCACUCCGCCCCAUUCUCCCUCCUUCCAUCACCCCGCCCCAUUCUCCCGCUUUCCAUCACCCCGCCCCAUUCUCCCGCUUUCCAUCACCCCGCCCCAUUCUCCCGCUUUCCGUCACCCCGCCCCAUUCUCCCGCUUUCCAUCACCUCGCCCCAUUCUCCCGCGUUCCAUCACCCCGCCCCAUUCUCCCUCCUUCCAUCACCCCGCCCCAUUCUCCCGCUUUCCAUCACCCCGCCCCAUUCUCCCGCUUUCCAUCACCUUGCCCCAUUUUCCCUCCUUCCAUCACCCCGCCCCAUUCUCCCGCUUUCCAUCACCCCGCCCCAUUCUCCCGCUUUCCAUCACCCCUCCCCAUUCUCCCGCUUUCCAUCACCCCGCCCCAUUCUCCCGUUUUCCAUCACCCCGCCCCAUUCUUCCUCCUUCCAUCACCCCGCCCCAUUCUCCCGCUUUCCAUCACCCCGCUCCAUUCUCCCGCUUUCCAUCACCCCGCCCCAUUCUCCCUCCUUCCAUCACCCCGCCCCAUUCUCCCGCUUUCCAUCACCCCGCCCCAUUCUCCCGCUUUCCAUCACCCCGCCCCAUUUUCCCGCUUUCCAUCACCCCGCCUUAUUCUCCCACUUUCCAUCACCCCGCCCCAUUCUCCCGCUUUCCAUCACCCCGCCCCAUUCUCCCUCCUUCCAUCACCCUGCCCCAUUCUCCCGCUUUCCAUCACCCCGCCCCAUUCCCCCGCUUUCCAUCACCCCGCCCCAUUCUCCCUCCUUCCAUCACCCCGCCCCAUUCUCCCGCCUUCCAUCACCCCGCCCCAUUCUCCCGCUUUCCAUCACCCCGCCCCAUUCUCCCGCUUUCCAUCACCCCGCCCCAUUCUCCCGCAUUCUGUCACCCCGCCCCAUUCUCCCGCUUUUCGUCACCCGCCCCAUUCUCCCGCUUUCCGUCACCCCGCCCCAUUCUCCCUCUUUCCGUCACCCCGCCCCAUUCUCCCGCUUUCCAUCACCCCGCCCCAUUCUCCCUCCUUCCAUCACCCCGCCCCAUUCUCCCUCCUUCCAUCACCCCGCCCCAUUCUCCCGCUUUCCAUCACCCCUCCCCAUUCUCCCGCUUUCCAUCACCCCGCCCCAUUCUCCCGCUUUCCAUCACCCCGCCCCAUUCUCCCGCUUUCCAUCUCCCUGCCCCAUUCCCCUCCUUUCCAUCACUCCGCCCCAUUCUCCCUCCUUCCAUCACCCCGCCCCAUUCUCCCGCUUUCCAUCACCCCGCCCCAUUCUCCCGCUUUCCAUCACCCCGCCCCAUUCUCCCGCUUUCCGUCACCCCGCCCCAUUCUCCCGCUUUCCAUCACCUCGCCCCAUUCUCCCGCGUUCCAUCACCCCGCCCCAUUCUCCCUCCUUCCAUCACCCCGCCCCAUUCUCCCGCUUUCCAUCACCCCGCCCCAUUCUCCCGCUUUCCAUCACCUUGCCCCAUUUUCCCUCCUUCCAUCACCCCGCCCCAUUCUCCCGCUUUCCAUCACCCCGCCCCAUUCUCCCGCUUUCCAUCACCCCUCCCCAUUCUCCCGCUUUCCAUCACCCCGCCCCAUUCUCCCGUUUUCCAUCACCCCGCCCCAUUCUUCCUCCUUCCAUCACCCCGCCCCAUUCUCCCGCUUUCCAUCACCCCGCUCCAUUCUCCCGCUUUCCAUCACCCCGCCCCAUUCUCCCUCCUUCCAUCACCCCGCCCCAUUCUCCCGCUUUCCAUCACCCCGCCCCAUUCUCCCGCUUUCCAUCACCCCGCCCCAUUUUCCCGCUUUCCAUCACCCCGCCUUAUUCUCCCACUUUCCAUCACCCCGCCCCAUUCUCCCGCUUUCCAUCACCCCGCCCCAUUCUCCCUCCUUCCAUCACCCUGCCCCAUUCUCCCGCUUUCCAUCACCCCGCCCCAUUCCCCCGCUUUCCAUCACCCCGCCCCAUUCUCCCUCCUUCCAUCACCCCGCCCCAUUCUCCCUCCUUCCAUCACCCCGCCCCAUUCUCCCCCUUUCCAUCACCCCACCCCACUCUCCCGCUUUCCAUCACCCCGCCCCAUUCUCCCGCUUUCCAUCACCCCGCCCCAUUCUCCCGCUUUACAUCACCCCGCCCCAUUCUCCCGCUUUCCGUCACCCCGCCCCAUUCUUCCGCUUUCCGUCACCCCGCCCCAUUCUCCCCCUUUCCGUCAACCCGCCCCAUUCUCCCGCUUUCCGUCACCCCUCCCCAUUCACCCGCUUUCCAUCACCCCGCCCCAUUCUCCCGCCUUCCAUCACCCCGCCCCAUUCUCCCGCUUUCCGUCGCCCUGCCCCAUUCUCCCGCUUUCCGUCACCCCGCCCCAUUCUCCCGCUUUCCAUCACCUCGCCCCAUUCUCCCGCGUUCCAUCACCCCGCCCCAUUUUCCCUCCUUCCAUCACCCCGCCCCAUUCUCCCGCUUUCCAUCACCCCGCCCCAUUCUCCCACUUUCCAUCACCCCGCCCCAUUCUCCCUCCUUCCAUCACCCCGCCCCAUUCUCUCGCUUUCCAUCACCCCGCCUCAUUCUCCCGCUUUCCAUCACCCCGCGCCAUUCUCGCGCUUUCCAUCACCCCGCCCCAUUCUCCCGCUUUCCAUCACCCCGCCCCAUUCCCCCGCUUUCCAUCACCCCGCCUUAUUCUCCCGCUUUCCAUCACCCCGCCCCAUUCUCCUGCUUUCCAUCACCCUGCCCCAUUCUCCCGCUUUUCAUCACCCCGCCCCAUUCUCCCGCUUUCCAUCACCCCGCCCCAUUCUCCCUCCUUCCAUCACCCCGCCCCAUUCUCCCUCCAUCCAUCACCCCUCCCUAUUCUCCCUCCUUCCAUCACCCCACCCCAUUCUCCCGCUUUCCAUCACCCCGCCCCAUUCUCCCGCUUUCCAUCACCCCGCCCCAUUCUCCCGCUUUCCAUCACCUCGCCCCAUUCUCCCUCCUUCCAUCACCCCGCCCCAUUCACCCGCUUUCCAUCACCCCGCCCCAUUCUCCCGCUUUCCAUCACCCCGCCCCAUUCUCCCGCUUUCCAUCACCCCGCCCCAUUCUCCCGCUUUCCAUCACCCCGCCUCAUUCUCCCGCUUUCCAUCACCUUGCCCCAUUCUCCCUCCUUCCAUCACCCCGCCCCAUUCUCCCGCUUUCCAUCACCCCGCCCCAUUCUCCCGCUUUCCAUCACCCCUCCCCAUUCUCCCGCUUUCCAUCACCCCGCCCCAUUCUCCCGUUUUCCAUCACCCCGCCCCAUUCUUCCUCCUUCCAUCACCCCGCCCCAUUCUCCCGCUUUCCAUCACCCCGCCCCAUUCUCCCGCUUUCCAUCACCCCGCCCCAUUCUCCCUCCUUCCAUCACCCCGCCCCAUUCUCCCGCUUUCCAUCACCCCGCCCCAUUCUCCCUCCUUCCAUCACCCCGCCCCAUUUUCCCGCUUUCCAUCACCCCGCCCCAUUCACCCGCUUUCCAUCACCCCACCCCAUUCUCCCGCCUUCCAUCACCCCGCCCCAUUCUCCCGCUUUCCGUCGCCCCGCCCCAUUCUCCCGCUUUCCGUCACCCCGCCCCAUUCUCCCGCUUUCCAUCACCUCGCCCCAUUCUCCCGCGUUCCAUCACCCCGCCCCAUUCUCCCUCCUUCCAUCACCCCGCCCCAUUCUCCCGCUUUCCAUCACCCCGCCCCAUUCUCCCACUUUCCAUCACCCCGCCCCAUUCUCCCUCCUUCCAUCACCCCGCCCCAUUCUCUCGCUUUCCAUCACCCCGCCUCAUUCUCCCGCUUUCCAUCACCCCGCGCCAUUCUCGCGCUUUCCAUCACCCCGCCCCAUUCUCCCGCUUUCCAUCACCCCGCCCCAUUCCCCCGCUUUCCAUCACCCCGCCUUAUUCUCCCGCUUUCCAUCACCCCGCCCCAUUCUCCUGCUUUCCAUCACCCUGCCCCAUUCUCCCGCUUUUCAUCACCCCGCCCUAUUCUCCCGCUUUCCAUCACCCCGCCCCAUUCUCCCUCCUUCCAUCACCCCGCCCCAUUCUCCCUCCAUCCAUCACCCCGCCCCAUUCUCCCUCCUUCCAUCACCCCACCCCAUUCUCCCGCUUUCCGUCACCCCGCCCCAUUCUCCCGCUUUCCAUCACCCCGCCCCAUUCUCCCGCUUUCCGUCACCCCGCCCCAUUCUCCCGCUUUCCGUCACCCCGCCCCAUUCUCCCGCUUUCCGUCACCCCGCCCCAUUCUCCCGCUUUCCGUCACCCCGCCCCAUUCUCCCGCUUUCCGUCACCCCGCCCCAUUCUCCCGCUUUCCGUCACCCCGCCCCAUUCUCCCUCUUUCCGUCACCCCGCCCCAUUCUCCCUCCUUCCCUCACCCUGCCCCAUUCUCCCUCCUUCCAUCACCCCGCCCCAUUCUCCCUCCUUCCAUCACCCCGCCCCAUUCUCCCUCCUUCCAUCAACCCGCCCCAUUCUCCCUCCUUCCAUCACCCCGCCCCAUUCUCCCGCCUUCCAUCACCCCGCCCCAUUCUCCCGCUUUCCAUCACCCCGCCCCAUUCUCCCGCUUUCCAUCACCCCGCCCCAUUCUCCCGCAUUCCGUCACCCCGCCCCAUUCUCCCGCUUUUCGUCACCCGCCCCAUUCUCCCGCUUUCCGUCACCCCGCCCCAUUCUCCCUCUUUCCGUCACCCCGCCCCAUUCUCCCGCUUUCCGUCACCCCGCCCCAUUCUCCCUCCUUCCAUCACCCCGCCCCAUUCUCCCGCUUUCCAUCACCCCUCCCCAUUCUCCCGCUUUCCAUCACCCCGCCCCAUUCUCCCGCUUUCCAUCACCCCGCCCCAUUCUCCCGCUUUCCAUCACCCCGCCCCAUUCUCCCUCCUUCCAUCACCCCGCCCCAUUCUCCCUCCUUCCAUCACCCCGCCCCAUUCUCCCGCUUUCCAUCACCCCGCCCCAUUCUCCCGCUUUCCAUCACCCCGCCCCAUUCUCCCGCUUUCCAUCUCCCUGCCCCAUUCCCCUCCUUUCCAUCACUCCGCCCCAUUCUCCCUCCUUCCAUCAACCCGCUCCAUUCUCCCUCCAUCCAUCACCCUGCCUCAUUCUCCCUCCUUCCAUCACCCCGCCUCGUUCUCCCGCUUUCCAUCACCCCGCCCCGUUCUCCCGCUUUCCAUUACCCCGCCCCAUUCUCCCGCUUUCCAUCACCCCACCCCAUUCUCACGCUUUCUAUCACCCCGCCCCAUUCUCCCUCCUUCCAUCAUCCCGCCCCAUUCUCCCUCCUUCCAUCACCCCGCCCCAUUCUCCCGCUUUCCAUCACCCCGCCCCAUUCACCCGCUUUCCAUCACCCCGCCCCAUUCUCCCGCUUUCCAUCACCCCGCCUCAUUCUCCCGCUUUCCAUCACCCCGCCUCAUUCUCCCGCUUUCCAUCACCCCGCCCCAUUCUCCCGCUUUCCAUCACCCCGCCCCAUUCUCCCGCUUUCCAUCACCUCGCCACAUUCUCCCUCCUUCCAUCAACCCGCCCCAUUCUCCUGCUUUCCAUCACCCCGCCCCAUUCUCCCGCUUUCCAUCACCCCGCCCCAUUCUCCGGCUUUCCAUCACCCGCCAUGUUCUCCCGCUUUCCAUCACCCCGCCCCAUUCUCCCGCUUUCCGUCACCCCGCCCCGUUCUCCCGCUUUCCGUCACCCCGCCCCAUUCUCCCGCUUUCCGUCACCCCGCCCCAUUCUCCCUCUUUCCGUCACCUCGCCCCAUUCUCCCGCUUUCCAUCACCCCGCCCCAUUCUCCCUCCUUCCAUCACCCCGCCCCAUUCUCCCUCCUUCCAUCACCCCGCCCAAUUCUCCCUCCUUCCAUCACCCCGCCCCAUUCUCCCGCUUUCCAUCACCCCGCCCCAUUCUCCCGCUUUCCAUCACCCUGCCCCAUUCUCCCGCUUUCCAUCACCCCGCCCCAUUCUCCCGCUAUCCGUCACCCUGCCCCAUUCUCCCGCUUUCCGUCACCCCGCCCCAUUCUCCCUCUUUCCGUCACCCCGCCCCAUUCUCCCGCUUUCCAGCACCCCGCCCCAUUCUCCCUCCUUCCAUCACCCCGCCCCAUUCUCCCUCCUUCCAUCACCCCGCCCCAUUCUCCCGCUUUCCAUCACCCCACCCCAUUCUCCUGCUUUCCAUCACCCCGCCCCAUUCUCCCGCUUUCCAUCUCCCCGCCCCAUUCUCCCACUUUCCAUCACCCCGCCCCAUUCUCCCUCCGUCCAUCACCCCGCCCCAUUCUCCCUCCUUCCAUCACCCUGCCCCAUUCUCCCGCUUUCCAUCACCCCGCCCAAUUCUCCAGCUUUCCAUCACCCCGCCCCAUUCUCCGGCUUUCCAUCACCCCGCCCCAUUCUCCCGCUUUCCAUCACCCCGCCCCAUUCUCCCUCUUUCCGUCACCCCGCCCCAUUCUCCCGCUUUCCAGCACCCUGCCCCAUUCUCCCUCCUUCCAUCACCCCGCCCCAUUCUCCCUCCUUCCAUCACCCCGCCCCAUUCUCCCGCUUUCCAUCACCCCGCCCCAUUCUCCUGCUUUCCAUCACCCCGCCCCAUUCUCCCGCUUUCCAUCUCCCCGCCCCAUUCUCCCGCUUUCCAUCACCCCGCCCCAUUCUCCCUCCAUCCAUCACCCCGCCCCAUUCUCCCUCCUUCCAUCUCCCCACCCCAUUCUCCCGCUUUCCAUCACCCCGCCCCAUUCUCCCGCUUUCCAUCACCCCGCCCCAUUCUCCGGCUUUCCAUAACCCCACCACAUUCUCCCACUUUCCAUCACCCCGCCCCAUUCUCCCGCUUUCCAUCACCCCGCCCCAUUCUCCCGCUUUCCAUCACCCCGCCCCAUUCUCCCGCUUUCCAUCACCCCGCCCCAUUCUCCCGCUUUCCAUCACCCCGCCCCAUUCUCCCGCUGUCCAUCACCCCGCCCAUUCUCCCGCUUUCCAUCACCCCGCCCCAUUCUCCCUCCUUCCAUCACCCCGCCCCAUUCUCCCGCUUUCCAUCACCCCGCCACAUUCUCCCGCUUUCCAAAACCCCGCCGCAUUCUCCCGCUUUCCAUCUCCCCGCCCCAUUCUCCCGCUUUCCAUCACCCCGUCCCAUUCUCCCGCUUUCCAUCACCCGGCCCCAUUCUCCCGCUUUCCAUCACCCCGCCCCAUUCUCCCGCUUUCCAUCACCCCGCCCCAUUCUCCCGCUUUCCAUCACCCCGCCCCAUUCUCCCGCUUUCCAUCAUCCCGUCCCAUUCUCCCUCCUUCCAUCACCCCGCCCCAUUCUCCCGCUUUCCAUCACCCCGCCCCAUUCUCCCGCUUUCCAUCACCCCGCCCCAUUCUCCCGCUUUCCAUCACCCCAGCCCAUUCUCCCGCUUUCCAUCACCCCGCCCCGUUCUCCCGCUUUCCAUCACCCCGCCCCGUUCUCCCGCUUUCCAUCACCCCGCCCCGUUCUCCCGCUUUCCAUCACCCCGCCCCGUUCUCCCGCUUUCCAUCACCCCACCCCAUUCUCCCGCUUUCCAUCACCCCGCCCCGUUCUCCCGCUUUCCAUCACCCCGCCCCAUUCUCCCUCCUUCCAUCACCCCGCCCCAUUCUCCCUCUUUCCAACACCCCGCCCCAUUCUCCCGCUUUCCAUCACCCCGCCCCAUUCUCCCGCUUUCCAUCACCCCGCCCCAUUCUCCCGCUUUCCAUAACCCCGCCAAAUUCUCCCGCUUUCCAUCACCCCGCCCCAUUCUCCCGCUUUCCAUCACCCCGCCCCAUUCUCCCGCUUUCCAUCACCCCGCCCCAUUCUCCCGCUUUCCAUCACCCCGCCCCAUUCUCCCGCUUUCCAUCACCCUGCCCAUUCUCCCGCUUUCCAUCACCCCGCCCCAUUCUCCCUCCUUCCAUCACUCUGCCCCAUUCUCCCGCUUUCCAUCACCCCGCCCCAUUCUCCCGCUUUCCAAAACCCCGCCCCAUUCUCCCGCUUUCCAUCACCCCGCCCCAUUCUCCCGCUUUCCAUCACCCCGUCCCAUUCUCCCGCUUUCCAUCACCCGGCCCCAUUCUCCCGCUUUCCAUCACCCCGCCCCAUUCUCCCGCUUUCCAUCACCCCGCCCCAUUCUCCCGCUUUCCAUCACCCCGCCCCAUUCUCCCGCUUUCCAUCACCCGGCCCCAUUCUCCCGCUUUCCAUCACCCCGCCCCAUUCUCCCGCUUUCCAUCUCCCCGCCCCAUUCUCCCGCUUUCCAUCUCCCCGCCCCAUUCUCCAGCUUUCCAUCACCCCACCCCAUUCUCCCGCUUUCCAUCACCCCGCCCCAUUCUCCCGCUUUCCGUCACCCCGGCCAUUCUCCCGCUUUCCAUCACCCCGCCCCAUUCUCCCUCCUUCCAUCACCCCGCCCCAUUCUCCCGCUUUCCAUCACCCCGCCCCAUUCUCCCGCUUUCCAAAACCCCGCCCCAUUCUCCCGCUUUCCAUCUUCCCGCCCCAUUCUCCCGCUUUCCAUCACCCCGUCCCAUUCUCCCGCUUUCCAUCACCCGGCCCCAUUCUCCCGCUUUCCAUCACCCCGCCCCAUUCUCCCGCUUUCCAUCACCCCGCCCCAUUCUCCCGCUUUCCAUCACCCCGCCCCAAUCUCCCGCUUUCCAUCACCCCGCCCCAUUCUCCCUCCUUCCAUCACCCCGCCCCAUUCUCCUGCUUUCCAUCACCCCGCCCCAUUCUCCCGCUUUCCAUCACCCCGCCCCAUUCUCCCGCUUUCCAUCACCCCGCCCUGUUCUCCCGCUUUCCAUCACCCCGCCCCAUUCUCCUGCUUUCCGUCACCCCGCCCCGUUCUCCCGCUUUCCGUCACCCCGCCCAAUUCUCCCGCUUUCUGUCACCCCGCCCCAUUCUCCCUCUUUCCGUCACCUCGCCCCAUUCUCCCGCUUUCCAUCACCCCGCCCCAUUCUCCCGCUUUCCAUCACCCCGCCCCAUUCUCCCUCCUUCCAUCACCCCGCCCCAUUCCCCCGCUUUCCAUCACCCCGCCCCAUUCUCCCGCUUUCCAUCACCCUGCCCCAUUCUCCCGCUUUCCAUCACCCCGCCCCAUUCUCCCGCUAUCCGUCACCCCGCCCCAUUCUCCCGCUUUCCGUCACCCCGCCCCAUUCUCCCGCUUUCCGUCACCCCGCCCCAUUCUCCCCCUUUCCGUCACCCCGCCCCAUUCUCCCGCUUUCCAGCACCCCGCCCCAUUCUCCCUCCUUCCAUCACCCCACCCCAUUCUCCUGCUUAUUAUCACCCCGCCCCAUUCUCCCGCUUCCCAUCUCCCCGCCCCAUUCUCCCGCUUUCCAUCACCCCGCCCCAUUCUCCCUCCGUCCAUCACCCCGCCCCAUUCUCCCUCCUUCCAUCACCCCGCCCCAUUCUCCCGCUUUCCAUCACCCCGCCCCAUUCUCCCGCUUUCCAUCACCCCGCCCCAUUCUCCCGCUUUCCAUCACCCCGCCCCAUUCUCCCGCUUUCCAUCACCCCGCCCCAUUCUUCCGCUUUCCAUCACCCCGCCCCAUUCUCCAGCUUUCCAUCACCCCACCCGAUUCUCCCGCUUCCAUCACCCCGCCCCAUUCGCCCGCUUUCCAUCACCCCGCCCAUUCUCCCGCUUUCCAUCACCCCGCCCCAUUCUCCUGCUUUCCAUCACCCCGCCCCAUUCUCCCGCUUUCCAAAACCCCGCGCCAUUCUCCCGCUUUCCAUCACCCCGCCCCAUUCUCCCGCUUUCCAUCACCCCGUCCCAUUCUCCCGCUUUCCAUCACCCGGCCCCAUUCUCCCGCUUUCCAUCACCCCGCCCCAUUCUCCCGCUUUCCAUCACCCCGCCCCAUUCUCCCGCUUUCCAUCACCCCGCCCCAAUCUCCCGCUUUCCAUCACCCCGCCCCAUUCUCCCUCCUUCCAUCACCCCGCCCCAUUCUCCCGCUUUCCAUCACCCCGCCCCAUUCUCCCGCUUUCCAUCACCCCGCCCCAUUCUCCCGCUUUCCAUCACCCCGCCCUGUUCUCCCGCUUUCCGUCACCCCGCCCCAUUCUCCCGCUUUCCGUCACCCCGCCCCGUUCUCCUGCUUUCCGUCACCCCGCCCCAUUCUCCCGCUUUCCGUCACCCCGCCCCAUUCUCCCUCUUUCCGUCACCUCGCCCCAUUCUCCCGCUUUCCAUCACCCCGCCCCAUUCUCCCUCCUUCCAUCACCCCGCCCCAUUCUCCCUCCUUCCAUCACCCCGCCCCAUUCCCCCGCUUUCCAUCACCCCGCCCCAUUCUCCCUCCUUCCAUCACCCCGCCCCAUUCUCCCGCUUUCCAUCACCCCGCCCCAUUCUCCCGCUAUCCGUCACCCCGCCCCAUUCUCCCGCUUUCCGUCACCCCGCCCCAUUCUCCCGCUUUCCGUCACCCCGCCCCAUUCUCCCUCUUUCCGUCACCCCGCCCCAUUCUCCCGCUUUCCAGCACCCCGCCCCAUUCUCCCUCCUUCCAUCACCCCGCCCCAUUCUCCCUCCUUCCAUCACCCCGCCCCAUUCUCCCGCUUUCCAUCACCCCACCCCAUUCUCCUGCUUUCCAUCACCCCGCCCCAUUCUCCCGCUUUCCAUCUCCCCGCCCCAUUCUCCCGCUUUCCAUCACCCCGUCCCAUUCUCCCUCCGUCCAUCACCCCGCCAUAUUCUCCCUCCUUCCAUCACUCCGCCCCAUUCUCCCGCUUUCCAUCACCCCGCCCCAUUGUCCCGCUUUCCAUCUCCCUGCCCCAUUCUCCUCCUUUCCAUCACUCCGCCUUAUUCUCCCUCCUUCAAUCACCCCGCCCCAUUCUCCCUCCAUCCAUCACCCCGCCCCAUUCUCCCUCCUUCCAUCACCCCGUCCCAUUCUCCCGCUUUCCAUCACCCCGCCCCAUUCUCCCGCUUUUCAUCACCCCGCCCCAUUCUCCCGCUUUCCAUCACCCCGCCCCAUUCUCCCUCCUUCCAUCAUCCCGCCCCAUUCUCCCUGCUUCCAUCACCCCGCCCCAUUCUCCCGCUUUCCAUCACCCCGCCCCAUUCUCCCGCUUUCCAUCACCCCACCCCAUUCUCCUGCUUUCCAUCACCCCGCCCCAUUCUCCCGCUUUCCAUCACCCCGUCCCAUUCUCCCGCUUUCCAUCACCCGGCCCCAUUCUCCCGCUUUCCAUCACCCUGCCCAAUUCUCCCGCUUUCCAUCACCCCGCCCCAUUCUCCCGCUUUCCAUCACCCCGCCCUGUUCUCCCGCUUUCCAUCACCCCGCCCCAUUUUCCCGCUUUCCGUCACCCCGCCCCGUUCUCCCGCUUUCCGUCACCCCGCCCCGUUCUCCCGCUUUCCGUCACCCCGCCCCAUUCUCCCGCUUUCCGUCACCUCGCCCCAUUCUCCCGCUUUCCAUCACCCCGCCCCAUUCUCCCUCCUUCCAUCACCCCGCCCCAUUCUCCCUCCUUCCAUCACCCCGCCCCAUUCCCCCGCUUUCCAUCACCCCGCCCCAUUCUCCCUCCUUCCAUCACCCCGCCCCAUUCUCCCGCUUUCCAUCACCCCGCCCCAUUCUCCCGCUUUCCAUCACCCCGCCCCAUUCUCCCGCUAUCCGUCACCCCGCCCCAUUCUCCCGCUUUCCGUCACCCCGCCCCAUUCUCCCGCUUUCCGUCACCCCGCCCCAUUCUCCCUCUUUCCGUCACCCCGCCCCAUUCUCCCGCUUUCCAGCACCCCGCCCCAUUCUCCCUCCUUCCAUCACCCCGCCCCAUUCUCCCUCCUUCCAUCACCCCGCCCCAUUCUCCCGCUUUCCAUCACCCCACCCCAUUCUCCUGCUUUCCAUCACCCCGCCCCAUUCUCCCGCUUUCCAUCUCCCCGCCCCAUUCUCCCACUUUCCAUCACCCCGCCCCAUUCUCCCUCCGUCCAUCACCCCGCCCCAUUCUCCCUCCUUCCAUCACCCUGCCCCAUUCUCCCGCUUUCCAUCACCCCGCCCAAUUCUCCAGCUUUCCAUCACCCCGCCCCAUUCUCCGGCUUUCCAUAACCCCACCCCAUUCUCCCACUUUCCAUCACCCCACCCCAUUCUCCCGCUUUCCAUCACCCCGCCCCAUUCUCCCGCUUUCCAUCACCUUGCCCCAUUCUCCCGCUUUCCAUCACCCCGCCUCAUUCUCCUGCUGUCCAUCACCCCGCCCCAUUCCCCCGCUUUCCAUCACCCCGCCCCAUUCUCCCUCCUUCCAUCACCCCGCCCCAUUCUCCCGCUUUCCAUCACCCCGCCCCAUUCUCCCGCUUUCCAUCACCCCGCCCCAUUCUCCCGCUUUCCAUCACCCCGCCCCAUUCUCCCGCUAUCCGUCACCCCGCCCCAUUCUCCCGCUUUCCGUCACCCCGCCCCAUUCUCCCGCUUUCCGUCACCCCGCCCCAUUCUCCCUCUUUCCGUCACCCCGCCCCAUUCUCCCGCUUUCCAGCACCCCGCUCGACGACUGGAAAUGUGUGGUGUGGAGCGACGAAACGAAAAUCUGCCGGUUUAG